AUGUCUACGGAUACGGAUCUCAAGGAGAGUGACUCUGUCCAGGACCAGGGCGAGUCUGGAGUGGUGCUUCCCGCCGAGAGUCCUUCUGCUCCUCCUUCAACUCCAAAGGAUGAGCCCCGUAUCGAGGCCGCGAUCCCACCGGCUCGCUUCUGGACCUUGAGUCUCGGAGUCCUGCUUGGUCUGUUCCUUUCCAUGAUCGACACCUCCAUCGUCGCCACGAGCCUCUACAGCAUUGGCGUCGACUUUGAGGCCCUGGAGGAGGUCAACUGGGUGGCCCUCGCCUACACUCUCGCCUACCUGGGUUGCGCCGUCGUCUUCGCCCGCAUCUCCGACAUCGUCGGAAGACGCGAUGCCUUCAUUGCCGCUUACAUCAUCUUCUUCGCUUUCUCUCUGGCUUGUGGUUUCUCCCAGAAUCUCGAGCAGCUCAUCGCUUUUCGCGCUCUUCAGGGCAUUGGUGGCUCCGGCCUGUAUGCCCUUACCAUGAUCAUCCUCCCGGAGCUAAGCCCCCCUCACCUGGCCCAGCACAUAGGAGCGCUGGUCGGCAUGAUUGUUGCUCUCUCCGGUGUCUUGGGACCUGUUCUCGGUGGUAUCCUUACUCACUACACCACCUGGAGAUGGGUCUUUUGGAUCAACGGCCCUGUGGGCUUUGUAUCUCUGGUCAUCUUCAUAUUCACUUGGCCCAAGGCUGAACACCUGCCCACGAUCGAACGGCGUGCCUGGAAGGAACUCGACUACUUUGGAUCCUUUCUCGCCAUCGCCGCUGCCGUCCUGGUUAUCUUUGCCUUCCAGACAGCUGGCACCUCGUCUAACGGCGGAUGGAAGACGGCCAUGUUUAUCGCGCCCCUCCUGUGUGGACUACUCGCCUGGGGUUUGCUUGUCGGCUGGCAGGUCUUCAUUCAGCACCGAUUGAGUGAACGCUUUGCACCCGCCUUCCCGAUCAACCUCUUCCGCAACCGAGUGUACACGACCGCCGCCCUCAACACUCUUUUCAUCGGCUUCCCCUAUCUGCUGCUCAUAUACGCGAUCCCUCUGCGAAUCCAAGUCGUCAGUGGCAAGUCUGCUCUCGUUGGAGGUGUCAUGUUGCUCCCAAUGCUCGGAGCGUCGGCCCUUGGAAGCAUCCUGGCUGGCAAGUUCAACUCUGUCAAGAACUAUGUCUUUGAAACCCUCUUCGUUGGCUCUUGCUUGAUGACAUUGGGCUGUGGAUUGCUGGUUACUCUUGACCAUGCCCCUGACGACGCCAAGUUGCUUGGUUUCAUCACAUUCUGCGGUCUGGGCUUUGGCUUGACGGUUGCUUCAUCCACCAUGCUGUCGACAAUCGAGGCGCCUAUCCGAGAUUUUGCACCUGCGCAAGGUAUCCUCUCUCAGACGCGCCUCCUUGGUGGUAGUUUGGGCAUCGCAACCUCGUCAGCCCUUCUCAACCAGAGAAUCGUGGAGUACCUCUCCGGAAUCCUGACUCCCUUCGAGAAGGCAACCAUCGGCGGGCCCGACUCCCACCUCUCUGACUCGCAGUGGGCGGCCGUCCGCUACACCUACUCGGAGUCUUUUCGAGUGGACAUGAAGGUGGCAGCUGGCAUUUCGGCCCUAGGUGUCAUCUCGACAAUCGGCGCUUUUCGGAAGCACCGACUGCUUGUCGCGGAGCAGCGAGCUGCUCUUGUGCGAGAGGAGGCGGCUCGCCGCCGAGCCCAAGCCGAUCAACAGUAA